AUGCGGUGACUCUUCUGCGCAUGUCCGGCCUCGUUAAGGUGGUGGGCCCAAGCGGCCCCCAGCGGCUGCUGCGGCCCCUUCGGGUUAUACACUUUCUGCAGGGGCUCCAGCAGCAGCAGCAGCAGCAGCAGAAGAUCCAGCAGCAGCAGCAGCAGCAGAUCCAGCAGCAGCAGCAGCAGCAGAUCCAGCAGCAGCAGCAGCAGCAAAAGUACCGGGGACUUCAGGUGUCUCCUGAUGAGCUGACAUUUUCUGCGGGCUUUCUGUCUGCUGCGCCAUGCGGUUUGCGGCAGAGCAGCAGCAGCAGCAGCAGCAACAGCAGCUGCAACAGCAGCAGCAACAGCAGGAACAAUUGCAUGCUGCAGCAACGGCGUUGGGCCCGGGCUUUGACAAGAGACUCUGUGGCUCUUGUGUGA